AUGGCUGCACUCAGGCUCCUGGGCCUGCUGGCCUGCCUGUCCUUGCUCCCUACCUGCAAGGGAGGUUUAGCCUCCUAUUCGGACAUCGUGGGUGGCAGGAAGGCGACGCGGGAGCAGACCCGAUCUCUGGCCUCCCUCCAGGACCAGGGGCGCCACUUCUGUGGGGGGUUCCUGGUGCACCCCCAAUUCGUGCUCACUGCGGCCAGCUGUUUCGGCGGGAGGAACCCGGGCAGCGCCUCGGUGGUGCUGGGCGCCUACGACCUGCUGAAGCGCUCGCGCUCACGACAGACUUUCUCUGUGACCAGCAUAAACGAGAACGGCUAUGACCCAAACGAAGUCCUCAAUGACCUGCUGCUGCUGCAGCUGGACCGCGAGGCCACCCUUGGCACAGACGUGGCACUGCUGCCUCUACCCGAGCAGAAUGUGACCGUGGAAGAGGGGACCAGCUGCCUGGUGGCCGGCUGGGGCAUCCAGCGCUCCAAUGGGCGCCUGUCCCGCUUCCCCAGGGCCCUCAACGUCACUGUCACCCCCGAGAGCCAGUGUCGCCCAGGCAAUGUGUGCACAGGCGUGUUUAACCGCCGGGGAGGCAUCUGCCAGGGUGAUGGGGGAACACCCCUUAUCUGCAAUGGACUGGCCCAUGGUAUAGCUUCACUAUCCACUGGUCCGUGCGGCAGUGGUGUCGACUUCUUCACCAGAGUGUCACUUUUCCGGGACUGGAUCGACUCCGUGCUGAAUCAGGGGGGCUUGCCACCCCAACCCAGGGGAGCCUCUAGGAUCUCGGGAUCCCACUAG